UCUCUUUCCCGCCAUGGCGGAGGUGCUGGAGCUGCCGCGGACGCGGAUCGCAGCCGCGCAUGUGGCGCACUUCAUCGACCGGCCCGUGUGCUUCGUGGGGCGGCUGGAGAAGAUCCACCCCAGCGGGAGGUCUCUGGUCCUGUCCGAUGGAGAAGGCAAGCAGGUGACGGUGGAGCUGGCGGAGCCCCUUGAAGAGGAGAUUUCUGGGAUACUGGAAGUCGUGGGCAAAGUGACGGCCAAGGCCACCAUCUCGUGUGCCUCCUACGUGCUGUUCAGAGACCACAACAACAGCUUUGAUCUCAGGCUCUACAAUGAUGCUCUCAAAAUCAUCCACGAGUUCCCGCAGUAUUACCCAUUUGGGGCCAUGCCGCAGGACUGACGUCUCUGACUGGCCUUCCCACCAACGGUCUGACCAGUGCGCUUCUCCUGGCCUGCAGCUCCCAAAACGCUGAGACCCUGGGCGGCCUCCCAGCGGCAGCCUCGAGUGACUGUCUGUCAGUCUGUCUAAUGAAGUGAGCUUUGGAUCCUUUCACCUGGGCAAACAAUUCUGCAUUAUUAAUAAAGAACAAUUAUGUGCUCUGGA